UUCUACACACACGAGCUGGAAUGGCUACUCCUUUAGUCAUCACAUCCUCCUUAGUCAUGUUCAUGAUCUUGAUCACCAAUUUCAUGAUGAUCAAUGUCUGUUUCUCUGAACCUACUUGCCAGCCAACCUAUCCACCAAAUGCAGUUCCGGUAGCUAAUGAAGAUGUGGACAUGUUGCAAUUUCCUCUUAAUCUCGAGUACUUAGAAGCAGAAUUCUACUUGUUUGCUGCACUGGGAUAUGGACUUGAUGUGGUUGCUCCGCAGCAAGCCAUGGGCGGUCCUCCUCCCAUCGGGGCCAGGAAAGCUAACCUUGAUUUCCCCGUGCAGGACAUCAUCAAAGAAUUCGCAUACCAAGAAGUUGGUCAUCUCAGGGCCAUCAAAUCAACAGUUGGCGGGUUUCCAAGGCCUCUGAUGGAUCUAAGCAGUAAGAACUUCGCAAAACUGUUCGACGAAGCAUUCGGAUACAAACUCCUCCCUCCCUUCGACCCGUAUCGUGACAGCCUGAGUUACAUGUUAGGUUCUUAUGUGAUUCCAUACAUGGGACUUGUAGGUUAUGUUGGGACAAAUCCAAAUCUCAUUGGCUACAAAUCAAAGAUGCUGUUGGCAGGACUUUUGGGGGUUGAAGGCGGCCAAGAUGCCGUUAUACGAACAUAUCUGUACGAGCGAUUGAAUGAAACAGUGAAGCCAUACAACAUCACGGUAGCAGAGUUUACAAUCCGCAUUUCGGAGCUGAGGAACAAACUGGCAAUGUGUGGCAUCAAAGAUGAAGGAAUCAUAGUCCCACUUGAGCUCGGGGCCGAGAACCGAACCACAAGCAAUGUUUUGUCAGCCAACACUGACUCCCUCUCUUACAGCAGAAUUCCAGCAGAGAUAUUGAGGGUCCUGUAUGACUCCGGCGACGAGAGUAUGCCCGGCGGAUUCUAUCCCAUGGGAGGAAAUGGAAAGAUUGCUAGGGGAUUUCUGAAAUAGGCAUAGCCAAAAAUGCUAGCCCAGACAUUAAUUAAUGAAUAAAUAAUUUCUAUUUUCAUGUAAUGUUGUUAUGAUCAACGUAAGUGAUCAAUCUGUUGUUUUUUUAUUAUCAUGUAAUGUUGUUAUGAUCAAUGUAAGUGAUCAAUCUUUUGCUGUGAAAUUGGCAUUUCCUAUAUAAGUGCUCAAAAAAAUUCAUGGGUUCGUCAGCA